GCUUUCCAUGGAAUUUCUCAGUAUAGGUUUACGCUCAUCGGUAUUCGAGUUGACUGUCCAUUACGAACCGAGUACCGACUGUCGCGAACCACGAUCGUGAGCGUCGUGAGCGUUCGUAGCGUCAACGGUAAUUCUGUUGUCGUCUCGCAUCCCGCGCUUGUUUACAAUCCAUUUUUGCACAGUGUUUCGAUUGCGUGCGAUCCGCGACAAUGAGCGCUGAAGAGGAAGUAUUACGGAUCCAGAAGAAACUCAACAAAAUGUCGAGCGGAGACGGGACGGUGAGUAAGGCCAGGAACAAGCUUUGGAAUUGCUCAAGAUACUUCAAAAACUGCCCGUCGACCUGGAGCUCUUGACCAAGACGCGCAUUGGAAUGACCGUAAACGCUUUGAGGAAGUCGAGCAGGGAUGAAGAGGUUAUUUCCUUGUCAAAGACUCUCAUCAAAAACUGGAAAAAGUUCUUGUCUGGAUCCAACAAAGAAAAGGACUCGACUUCGUCGAGUAGCUCUAAGAAGAAGGAUGACAAAUCAGAUAAAGGGAAGGAAGAGAGCGAUCAGAGGAAAGAAAAGGAUACAACGGACACAAGCGACGUGAAAGUAAAGGAGGAAAAACCGAGCAAAGAUGUUCAAAGGAAACAAGCAUCCUUUCCCGCUCCUACUACGACAGACGCAGUCAGAUUAAAAUGUAGAGAACUGUUAGUAGCAGCUUUGCGCGUAGACGGCAAGGUGAUCGAUGGAUGUGCCAGUCCAGAAGAACUGGCGGAAGAACUGGAAGAAGCGAUUUAUGCGGAAUUCAAAAACACUGAUAACAGAUACAAGAAUAGGGUGCGCAGCAGAGUGGCCAAUUUGCGCGACGCAAAGAAUCCGAAUCUGCGAAUGAACUUCCUCGUAGGUGCAAUCACGCCUGCUCGGCUCGCGGUGAUGACGGCGGAGGAAAUGGCGAGCGACGAGAUCAAGCAACUGCGCGAGCAAUUUAAGAAAGAGGCUAUCAACGAUGCGCAACUCGCUACCGUGCAGGGAACCAAGACAGAUUUGCUCAAGUGCGGCAAAUGCAAGAAACGCAACUGCACAUACAACCAAGUGCAAACACGCUCGGCCGACGAGCCGAUGACUACAUUCGUGCUGUGCAAUGAAUGUGGAAAUCGAUGGAAAUUCUGUUAAAAGUUUUCAAUCCAAAACCGAUUUCCGAUUCAAACUACCAUAAUAUCUGAUGAAACGGGAUGUAUCUACAUCGUCUACAUCGUUAUACACUUAGAAUUCGGUACUUGUGAGAUAAUUUGAUGAACGAUUGUAAAACCUGUAUUGUACCUGUAUGCAUUCUUGAACGUUCAUUCAAUAUAGACGAAAGUUUCUCCAUGAUUGAGCAUGCAAAUUAUGAACGGCGGAAUACAUUGUACAUCGAUUCAGUAUAGUGACAUUUCAACUCGAAGAAGAAGAUAUCACUUUUCGUUAUAUUCCUCAUUUACCAUUGUACAUAUUGAAACGGAUGACUUGAACGCGAGUUUUAUGCAUAUUCAACGCCGCCCCAGUUACGACACGUGCAUAUGUCUUAUAUCAAAUACGCGCGUAAAUGAUUGAAUUCUCGUUUUAAUCAUGUUUGUGAGUAUUGCUAUGCGAUUUUUUUUCCUAUACAAAAACCUGCUACAAAUUGUCAUACUUGUGUAGUGUAAGUAAAGCACUUUGUCACUAUGCUGUAUAAAAUUCAUAUAAUGUAA